GUUGAUUAGAGCAUAACCAGAGUGACACGUUGAAUUCUCCAUAAUCAAGGAAACCUUUUCCGGGUGGGGAUCUCUGAUCACUCAGUGAGCAACCCUAAUUAACCUGAUUUUUUGCUGAUAAUCACUCUCAAUGGAAUCAAAUCACAAAUCCGGGGAUGGAUUGAGCGGCACCCAGAAGGAAGCAGCUCUCCGAGCACUGAUCCAGCGCACAGGAUAUAGCUUGGUCCAGGAAAAUGGACAAAGAAAAUACGGCGGCCCUCCACCGGGCUGGGAUGCUGCACCCCCAGAAAGAGGCUGUGAAAUUUUUAUUGGAAAACUUCCCCGAGACCUUUUUGAGGAUGAACUUAUACCAUUAUGUGAAAAAAUUGGUAAAAUUUAUGAAAUGAGAAUGAUGAUGGAUUUUAAUGGCAACAAUAGAGGGUAUGCAUUUGUAACUUUCUCAAAUAAACAGGAAGCCAAGGAUGCAAUCAAGCAACUUAACAACUAUGAAAUUAGAAAUGGGCGUCUCUUAGGGGUGUGCGCCAGUGUGGACAACUGCCGACUGUUUGUGGGGGGAAUCCCGAAGACCAAGAAGAGAGAAGAAAUCCUAGCAGAGAUGAAAAAGGUCACCGAAGGAGUUGUCGACGUCAUCGUCUACCCAAGCGCUGCAGAUAAAACCAGAAACCGGGGCUUCGCCUUCGUGGAGUACGAGAGUCAUCGGACGGCUGCCAUGGCCCGAAGGAAGUUGCUGCCAGGAAGGAUUCAGUUAUGGGGACAUCCUAUCGCAGUAGACUGGGCGGAGCCCGAAGUGGAGGUGGACGAGGACACAAUGUCUUCGGUGAAAAUCCUGUACGUGAGAAACCUGAUGCUGUCUACCUCGGAAGAGAUGAUUGAGAAAGAAUUCAACAAUAUUAAACCAGGUGCUGUGGAGAGGGUAAAGAAGAUUCGAGACUAUGCUUUUGUGCACUUCAGUAAUCGAGAAGAUGCAGUGGAGGCUAUGAAAGCUUUAAAUGGGAAGGUGCUGGAUGGUUCCCCCAUUGAAGUGACCCUAGCCAAACCAGUGGACAAAGACAGUUAUGUUAGGUACACCCGAGGCACGGGUGGAAGGGGCACCAUGCUGCAAGGAGAGUACACCUACUCUUUGGGCCAUGUUUAUGAUCCCACCACAACCUACCUUGGAGCUCCUGUCUUCUAUGCUCCUCAAGCCUAUACAGCAAUCCCCAGCCUUCAUUUCCCAGCCACCAAAGGACAUCUUGGCAACAGGGCCAUUAUCCGAGCCCCUUCUGUUAGAGAAAUUUACAUGAAUGUACCUGUAGGGGCCGCGGGAGUGAGAGGACUGGCCGGCCGUGGCUAUUUGGCCUAUACAGGCCUGGGUCGUGGAUACCAGGUCAAGGGAGACAAGAGAGAAGACAAACUCUAUGACCUUUUACCUGGGAUGGAGCUCACCCCAAUGAAUCCUGUCACUUUAAAACCCCAAGGAAUUAAACUUGCUCCCCAGAUACUAGAAGAAAUUUGUCAGAAAAACAACUGGGGACAACCAGUGUAUCAGCUGCACUCAGCCAUUGGACAAGAUCAAAGACAACUAUUCUUAUACAAAAUAACCAUUCCUGCCCUGGCCAGCCAGAAUCCUGCAAUUCACCCCUUCACGCCUCCGAAGCUAAGUGCCUACGUGGAUGAAGCAAAGACCUACGCGGCCGAGUACACCCUGCAGACGCUGGGCAUUCCCACCGACGGGGCCGAUGCUCCCACCACGGCAACUGCAUCCACUGCCUUCCCAGGAUAUGCUGUCCCCAGUGCAACGGCACCCAUGUCCACAGCCCAGCUCAAACAAGCAGUGACCCUCGGACAGGAUUUAGCAGCAUAUACAACAUAUGAGGUCUACCCCACUUUUGCAGUGACUGCCCGAGGAGAUGGAUAUGGAGCCUUCUGAAGAUAUCUUUCUUUUAAGUUAAGACACAUGAAACUCUCUCUAGAAGGGAUAAACCUCUCAUUCAGUUUCCUUACGAUCACAAGUCCUACUUUUCCUAAAGAGAUGCCUUUCUUGAGACUGCACAGCUUAUAUUAAUGGUAGAAUCAGGAUACAAGGAUGAAUUCCCAGUGAAAUCAAAUGUCAAGAAGCCUUUUGUCUGCCAGAAAACUUAAGAGCCAUUGCCCCCAAAAGCUGGUUCUCCCAGGUUCCUGAAUGACUUGGGCAUGCAUUACGCACCCUGAUGAUGUGGAGAGAGAUCUCUUAACCAGCAAGUGUUCAGGGGCUGAGCAGACCUGGCCAAUUAGGGGCAACAAAGGGAGGCAAGUAAA